AUGAGAAUCAUCCUUGGAAUCAUUGCAACCACAACUCCCAGCGACCCCUUCCUCGUCUCCUCUGCCCAGGAAUGGCCACUGGGCUCAUUGCUGCUGAUGCAGGAGGUGCCAGGCAGGCAGCAGGCACGGAGAUGGACACAGACCUCCAACAUCUCCAGCAAAGAGCUGACCGAGCUCAUCGAGCGCCUGCAGAAAAAUGCUGACCAGGUGGAGAAAAACAUCGUGGAGACCGACUCCCGAAUGCAAAAUGACCUGCACAAGAUCAAGGCGUGCCAGCUGGCUCAGUACAAGGAGCUGACAGCACAGAAACUCUCCGAGUCCGACAAGCUGCUCUACGUGCUGGAUGGGGACGCGGCCGUGGCCCGGCACAUGAAGCACCCCCAGGGGGACAUGAUCACAGAAGACAUCCGGCAGCUGAAGGAACGCGUGGCAAACCUGAAAGUGAAACACGAGCAGAUCUACAACUUCCCCCUGCAGCACAUUGAGCCCCAGGUCAACUGGUCAACAGUGAUCGAGGAGAAACAGGACGCGCUGAGCAGCAAAGGCUUUGGGACUGACCUGCCUCUGGUCAACAGCCAAGUAGAAGAGCACAACAUCUUCCACAACGAGGUCAUGGCCAUCGGGCCACACAUCGUCAAGGAAGGCAGCAAGGAAAACAUGAACGACUUCCAAGCCAAAUACCAGAAGCUGCUGGCCGGCUCCCAGCAGCGGCAGCAAGACCUGAACUCGCUGCAGGAUUACAUGCAGCGCUGCACCAACAAGCUCUACUGGCUGGAUCAGCAGGCCAAGGACAGGACCCAUUACGACUGGAGCGACCACAACCUGGACUACCCCAGCCGGCGCCGCCAGUACGAGAACUUCAUCCACCGGAAGCUGGAGGAGAAGGAGGAGGCCAUCAACAAGCUGCACGCUGAUGGGGAUCAGCUGCUGGCCCAGAACCACCCUGGGAAGAAUGCCAUCGAGGCUCACAUUGAGGCGGUGCACGCUGACUGGAAGGAGUACCUGAACCUGCUGAUCUGCGAGGAAAGCCACCUGAAGUUCAUGGAAGACUUCCACAAGUUUCAGAAGGACACUAAGGAUGCUCAGGAGCUUUUGAAGAAGGUGGAUACAGACCUGGACCAAAAAUUCAGCCCGGAGUUCAAGGACAGAUACCAGCUGGAGUCUCUCCUCCGGGAGCUGGAUGACCAGGAGAAGGCCUUGGACAAGUACGAGGCGGUGGUGAAGUCUCUGCAGGAGCGCAGCCAGCAGGUGCUGCCCCUGCGGUACCGGCGGCAGCCGCCGCCGCAGCCCGUCCCCGUGGAGGCUCUGUGCGAGUACGAGGGCGAGCAGGUACCGCCACCCUCCGGGACGGGACACGGCUCUCAGGCCAACCUUUGGGAAGUGGCCGACAGCGCAGGAGACACGCUCAGCGCCCCCGGGGUCUGCUUCAUGAUCCCCCCGCCCGACCCAGAAGCGCUGGCCCUGGCAGAGCAAAUUGCCAAGCACUACGUGAGCGUGAAGGAGAAGACCAACAACUGCAAGAACAUCCUCCAGCAGCGCUAUGAGGGGCUGAAGGCAGACAGCAUCGGAGAUGCUGCAUCAGUUCGGGGACGCCAGCUCCUGGCAGGACUGGAGAAAGUCACCAGUGACCUGGACAAGCAGGAGAAAGCAAUAACAGCAAACCUCCGGCCACCGCUGGAGCAGAGCCGGGCAGUGCAGGACAGCACCGAGCGCUCCAAGGACCUCAAGAACAUCACCAACGAGGUCCGGCGGAUCGAGCCUGAGAAAACGAGGAAGAUCCAGGAGUGCGAGGCUUUCAUCGAAUCCGUGCCCAACACAGGCAGCGCCACCCUGGUGAGGAACAAGGUGGACAACACCAACAAGAAGUACGAGCGCGUGGUGCAGCUGCUCAGUGCUGCCCAGGAGAAAGUUGAGGUGGCCACAAACCUGGAGAGAAGCCUCCAGCAAGGCCGAGACCUGCUGUCAACCUAUGAGAACAAGCUGGUCAUAGAUGACACGGUACCAGAGGACUUGAGGGUGGUAGACAGGAAGAAGGAAGAGCUGCUGGCUAUGGGCACUGAGCUCCAGUCCAAGAAGUUCCUGCUCAGUGAAGCCGAGCAGAACCUGCAGAGGACCAAGACAUGCUCCAACACCCUGGCCAGCAAGUUCCAGGAGCACUGCCCUGACAUCGAGCGCCAGGAGGCAGAGCUCUACAAGCUCAACCAGCGCUUCAACAACCUCAGCAAGCAGAUCGACCACAGAACGCAGACCCUGCAGAAAGCAAAAAGUGCCUACUCCAACUACCGCACCAACUACGACAAGGUGAACCAGUUCCUGUGCAACAUCCCCAACUACGAGCCCCAGGAGACUGACAACAUCCAGCAAGUGGAGAUGAAGCUGAAGAGCCAAGCGGCACUGCUCAGUGACAUUGCAAGCAAGGAACAGGAGGUGCAGAAGGUCUCUGCCACAGCUCAGCAGUACCAGCAGGCAGUGAAGGACUACGAGUUGGAAGCUGAGAAGCUGCGGUCCAUCCUGGACCUGGAGAACGGCCGCAAUGGCUACACGAGCAAGAAGCCCAGGCUGCAGUCCCCGGCUGCCAAAGUGAAGGAGGAGGAAGCUGUUCUGGCAGCCAAAUACACAGAAGUGAAUGCUGUGAACAAGCAGAGGCUGCAGAACCUGGAGUUUGCCCAGAGCCUCCUGCGGCAGCAGCCAGAGAUUCAGGUGACACAAGACUUUGCCCAGACCAAAAAGUCUGUAAGGCCUGUGGAAGAAGUCUGGAAGUUGAAGAAAGAGCUUGAGGAUGAGACUCAGCGUCGGCAACAGCUCGAGGCAGAGAUUGAAGCCAUUCAGAACAACAUUGUCCACCUGCAAAACCAGAAGCCCCAAGAAACUGUGGUGAAGAAAGAACUGGUGAAGAAGGUGCCUGACCCCCAGCUGGAGGAGAGCUUCCACAGACUGCAGCAAAACCUGGCAGAGGAGCAGCGCAAGAACCAGGUGCUCCAGGAUGAGCUGGAGGCUCUUAAAGUCCGUCUGCGUGUUCUGGAGCACGAGAAGAGGGAAGGAGGGCAGGAGUACAUUGUGAAAGAGGUGCUGAGGAUUGAACAAGAUAAAGCUCAAGCUGCUGAAAUCCUCAAGCUCAAAGAGGAACUGGAAGAGCUCAGGAGGCAGGAAGGGACCAGGGAGAGUGAGGUUAUCCUCUUACGCCAACAAAUUGCUGUACUGUCCAGCGAGAAGAACAAAGAGCAGGAGAAGGUGACAGAGAAGGAAGUGCUGAAGCUGCAGAACGAUCCCCAGCUGGAGAUGGAAUUCCGGAUGUUGCAGGAGACCAAGGAGAGGGAGAGUGCCCUUCGGCAGAAGCACGAGGAAGAGCUCAGCUUCCUCCAGGAAAAGCUCAAGCGUCUGGAGAAGGAACGGGCCAUCGCCGAGGGCAAAAUCACCGUCAAAGAGGUGCUGAAGGUGGAGAAAGAUCUGGUCAUUGAGAGGGAGGUGAACGAGCUCCGGCGCCAGUACGAGGAUGAGAAGUCCAAGGGCCGUUCCAAUGAGAGGGAAAAGGCUGAGCUGCUCAGGAAGAUCCAGCUGCUGGAGGAGGAGAACUCCAAGGUGGUUGUUCAGGAGAAAGUGCGUGAGAUUGUGCGCCCAGACCCCAAGGCUGAGAAUGAAGUUGCCAACCUCCGCUUGGAGCUGGUUGAGCAGGAGAGGAGGUACCGCGGUGGGGACGAACAGCUGAAGAGCUGCCAGAAUGAGCUGGCUGCUCUGAAGAACAGAGGGCCCCUGGUAGAAGUCAAAGAAGUCAUUAAGGAGGUCAUUAAGUACAAGAAUGAUCCAGAAACCGAAAAGGAGUUACAGCGGCUCCGGGAGGAAAUCAUAGAGAGGACCGGAGCUAUCGAAAGAGCUGACCUGGAGAUUUACCAGCUGAAACAAGAGAUACAAGCUUUGAAAGACACCAAACCUCAAGUGCAAAUGAAGGAAGUUGUUCAAGAAAUCCUCCAGUUUCGGGAGGACCCCAAGACUAGAGAGGAGGUAGAGUCGCUGCGAGUGCAGCUGGCAGACGAACAGAUGAAGCACAUCGACCUGGAGAGGGAGCGGCUUCUCCAAGAAGAAAAAGUAAGACAGAAGGAGGAAGAACUUUCUCAGGUGAAGGAGAAAGUGGUCCAGCAGGAAGUAGUGAAGUAUGAGCAGGAUCCUGCCUUAAAAGCUGAGGUGAACUCCUUCUCCCAGAGCAUCGAGAGCGAGCUGAAGCAGAUCGAUGGCCUCCGUGAGGAGCUGCGCAAGCUGCAGAGAAGACGCUCCGAGCUGGAGCGGCAGCUGGAGGAGCUGGAGAAGGAGAGACAGGCCCGCAGGGAGGCUGAGCUGGAGGUGCAGAGGCUCAGGAUCCGGCUGAACGAGCUGGAAGAACAGGAAAGAGAAACGACAGAACGAGUGACUGUGAAACAGAAAGUGAUCCUUCAGCAAGAUCCCCAGCAGGAGAAGGAGCAUUCCCUCCUCAAGCUGGAGUUAGAAGAAGAGAAGCACCGCAGACAAGUCCUGCAAACUGAACUAGAAGCCCUGAGAAAGAAGCUCCUUUCUUUGGAGAAGAUGGAGGUCAAGGAGAAAGUGGUCUUUUCAGAGAGUGUCCAAGUGGACAAAGGAGACACAGAGUACGAGAUUCAAAAGCUGAAGAGCAACCUGGAGGAAGAAAGUAGGCGCAAGAGGGAGCUGGAUGCAGAUAUCAACCGCCUGGAAACCAGGCUGUCCGAGGUGGAAUUCAACAACUCCAAGUCAUCAAAGGAGCUAGACUUGUUAAGGGAGGAAAACCACAAGCUCCACCUCGAGAAACAGAACCUGCUGAUGGAAACAAGGAGACUGCAGUCAGAGAUUGAACUCACCGCAACAGAAGCUCAGGAUUUGAGAAACAUGACCCAUGUGGACAGUGGAAUAAACCUGGACUCCAGGUUCCAAGCUUUGGAAAGAGAGCUAGAGGAUCUGAAGCAGUUAUCCAGAGAAAAAGAUGCAGAGAUUGAGCAACUCCAGAAUCGCCUGAAGACAGUGGCUAUCAAGAGGGAGCAAAGGGAGAACCACCUGAGGCGCUCCAUCGUGGUCAUUGACCCCGACACAGGGAAAGAGAUGUCUCCAGAGGAAGCUCACGUGUUUGGCCUCAUUGAAUGGAGCCUGUUUGUCAAGCUGAAGAGCCAGGAAUGUGACUGGGAGGAGAUCUCAAUAAAGGGUCCGAACGGGGAAUCGUCUGUGAUCCUGGACAGGAAGUCUGGCAGGGAGUUCUCCAUCGAGGACGCCCUGAAGAGCGGGAGGCUCACUGCGGCCCAGUACGACAGUUACCUCAACAAGGAGAUGUCUAUCCAGGAGCUGGCAGUCUUGGUGUCCGGAAGCAAUUACACAGCGCUCGCUCCACUUUAGGAACUUCACUUCAAGAGCAGCCAGUCGGAGCUGCAGCACCUUGUAGACAUCCAGAUCACUGCAAAGCCUCGCCCUCCUUCGCGUCUUCCAAACUGCUACAGCCUCUGCCCCGGCCAUGCUAUGCAGCCACACCGCUUGCUGUCACACACUGCAGAAAACACCACCAGUAGUGGAAAACAUCUGCCAAACCUUCUUCCCCUCUUCCUACCAGAAAACAAGAGAAAGCCUUAGGACAGUGAAGUGCCUCAAGUCCGAAGACUCAGCAGAACCUGCGGUUUCCUCAGCUCCUGCUCACGUAGUCAUGUAUGAAGCCGUGUCGGGAGAGAAGACUGAAGGUCCAGGUGACUCUGAGGUGACCUCAGGAGCUGGUUACAUCAACUGCAUGUUGGUAAGCCAGACAGUCCCACCGUGGACACCUGACUCAAUGAUGGGCUCGUCCUCUGAGAAAACCAGCUCUGUGCAAGCCAAGGUUUCAGUCCAGAAUCACCACAUCAAGACCCACCACCGCCAUUUGUUCACCUCUGUGCCUGUGCUGCUGGGGAAGAGUGAAGGUCUACUUUGGUGGCACCAGCCACUGACCCAGGAGAGGCAUUCACACACCCCAGAGGUCAAGGAAAAGGACAUGAAGAGAUGGCAGAACCACCAGACACAAGGGGCUGUGCACAGCAUGCAAGGGAACCCAAUGCAGAGGGCCUCCCACAGACAGCUCCUUCCCUCGUGGUUAAAAGCUGUUAGUGCUGGUGUUUUCCUGGAUGGAGUUACAUGCAGCUACAUGUUUCAUUUACUUGUGUAAGGGAAUGGGGAAUAGAGGGGAAUUCUAUUUAUAGUACAAAAUAAAAAUGCAGUGGUUCCAAUCAGGUGUUUGGUCUUUAUUAAUUAUGGCAGCCUCCUCAUCUUUGGCAAUACAAGAAGUUGCCAUUAUUAAGCCAGAAUUAAACCACUAGAAUUAUUCAUUUUAGCUGUUGGCUCUUUUCAAAGAGGGAAAUUGCUGGAGCAGCGUUUGAGCAGGAACUAAUUGGCAGCAUUAGAUGGGAGUGAACUGCACUAAGGAAUGGGACUGACUGCAAGGUGUGGGAGAACAGAGGAUUACAGUGGGAUGGUACCAUUCACUUCCUUUUCCCCAAAUUUCAGCUAAUACCCAAACCCCAGGGAGCUCUGCUGUCCACAAAUGCAGUCAUCAGCAUCCCCUGCUUAUCCCUCGUGGCUCUGGGGAUGAACACCACUGUUUUACCUUUGUCAGUGAAGGGAUCAGGGAGGAACAUACUGAUGCCCUGGGGGUCUGAGCCCCACGUGUCCCUUCCAACAGAUGCCAACUUCAAGCACCAGCAGGAGCACAGGGAAUGAGAAGAAACAUCCUUACCCCUGCAAGAGCUGUAACACAACUGCCAUUCACUCACCAUGUAGGAGACUUUAAAAGAGUCAAUAAUUCAUUACUCACUCGAGACACAGAUGAGCACUCUAGCUGCAAGAGAAAUUCUCAGAAACAAAGUCAGGAAACCAGAGGUAAGGAGAUGGGGGAAAAAAGCAUUUUGGAAAGUUUGAAACAAUUUAUUGAGUUGUUCUGUACAAGAUUAACAGUUUUCAUAACACCCCCACCAUCUUCAGCAAGACAGUGCCAACACACAUAAAAAAAAAUAGAAUAGUAAACUGCAGCUCUUACACCCAAAAGGAACUGCCAUCCCCAGGUAAGUGCCAUGGGAGCCUAUCCCUCCCCAUUCCAUCCUGGAAGCGCUGCAAGUUGCCUCCCCAAGGCAGAGGUGCCAGCCUGGCUCCCCAUCAGCUGCUCUGCGUGGGCCUGCCUUGCUGCCACUCUGCUCCACACCACUCACUCAUUCAUUAUAGCAUGUAAAGAAAAAAUAUCCCACAGAAUUUCCACCACAUAAACAUUUCCCUGAGGCAAGAGGCUUCGCUAAAUUCCUAGAAGGAGGGCAUUCUGCUCUGGCCGCGCACACCGGGGCUUCCCAGCAGAAGCAUUCAAGUGAAAGCAAAGAGAGGGAGGAGAACCAGUACCUCGAGUCACUCGCUGAGAGCCCCUAUCCUGCCAGGUGUCCCAACCUUUCAGCUCCCAGGGGAAGGUGAAGGUGCCAAGCACCCCUCAGGACGAGGCCUUCAACAGGAACCACGCGACAUCCGCUGCUCAGAGUCCACCAAGAAACGCUGUGCUUCGUUUUACCCACGCGAGUUCUCUUUGGCUCUUUUGCUACAACCUAGGUAUUUUCUGUAAACAGACUUGAAAUCUGAGCUGUAUCCAUUAUUGUGAAAUACAAUCAACUCACUGAUUCUUGGGCAGUUAUGCAUCAGUUCAAAUUGAAAACAGUCUUUCUCAGAUCUUAACAAAAAACAGAGGAAACUAAAGCAGACAUUUGCUGGUAUCCUGGGGUCAGCAUCCUUUCCCAGUGCUCAAGGAGGAAGCUACAAGCUUUUCCUUGGAAUACCAGUAAAUUCUAUGUGGAUCAGCACUAUCACUGCACAACUGGGACGUGGCUGUGGGGGCCUGAGAGAAGACAGACAGGGCAGAGCAGGAAACCAAACCUCAGAAAGCUCAGGUGGAGCCUCAGCCUGCCCUUAGCCUGAAAGGAGGUGCACAGGGAGAGUAUUUAGGUCUAAAAUUAAGAAAAAACAAACAAGAAAAGACACCCCCCAAUUGUAGAUGGUCCCUGUUCCUGCAGCUGUGCUGAGCACAUGAUCCUGGUGCAGGUACCAUUGAGGAGAGCAGUGGUUUUCUCUGGAAUUCAUUUGACAUGGGACCUUGGUUCAUCUGGCUCAUUCCCUCUGCCCACCAAAUUGAUCCUAACUCACAACCCUAGGAAAGAAUGGCUUUAGGGGAGGGCCUGGAACCCGCCUGCACAUACUGGGAUGAGAACCAGUGCUCCUGCUGGAUUUGGGACUGUGCUCAGUCACCAGGUCACCACUGAAGUCCAGACAGUGCAGCUUUUUUUUUUUCCUUUCUGAUGUGCAACCAUAAAAAGCUCUAUUAAAUAAACCAGAGUACAUUUUAAAUACAGAAUGAUUAAAAAAGGGUUGAGGAGCACACAAAAUAGG